CUCAUUCUUCUUAUCAUUCCACGCACUUAGCAAUCAAUCAACACUUCCAAUUACAAUAUACACAUCUUCAAUUAAGCCAUGACUCUCUCUAAGCUUAUAGUUGCUUCCCUUCUUGCCUCGCUUCUCCUUCUUCAUCUUGUUGAUGCUGAUCAAUCGGCACAUGUACAAACGCAGGGGUCUCUUCUGCAGAAGAUAGAUUGUAAUGGAGCAUGUGCUGCGAGGUGUCGUUUAUCAUCUCGGCCACGUCUCUGCAAAAGAGCCUGUGGAACUUGUUGUAGACGCUGCAACUGCGUGCCACCUGGCACUGCUGGAAACCAAGAAGUGUGUCCCUGCUAUGCUAGUUUGACUACUCAUGGUGGCAAACGCAAGUGCCCUUAGACUUAAAAGUUGUGUUUGGAUUGCUAGCUGCUGAUAUAUCCUCCGUUUAUGUUUAACCUCAGUUUGAAGGAAGUAUCAUAUUCCUUAUUUCUGUCUCAAACGUUGUGCUGCAGCAAAUUUACUGGAGAUCCAAACAUGGAUUUAAUUGGACUAGGAUCUAUCCAUACCACUAUCCCAUGCAUGGCUUUGAUAUUAUAUUGUAAAAUAAUACUAUAUAUAACAUGUUGCUUAAUAUGUGCUCUGAAGAGUAAAGAAUAACGUCAUGGAAUCAUACCCCUUUUUCAAUACUUGUUGAAUCAUCGAGUGUCUUGGUUUGUAAUUUGGAAUUUGGAUGUAUAUUCACAAAAUUAAUAAGUAUAUUGUGAUGUGAUUAAUUCCCUUCUCUGU